AUGGCUGCAUCUGCGUUGCUCGGAGCCAACUCCUUGAUCUCAUUGAAGCAAAACUCCCCAAUCCCCUUCUCCCGUCUUCGUUCUCUCCCCACCAAACCACUCCAGUUCACCUACUUCACCACAGCUACCUUGAAAACGCAACCCUUCUCUUCUUCUUCUCCCAAAUAUGAUCUGAAACUUAAAUGCUCCUCGGAGAAUAAUCACUUCACAUCAGACGAUGCCUCUCAGUCAGAAGUCAACCCAACACAAGACCCACUUGAGACCAUCGCCAAUGAAAUAUUAUCGAAUGUUCUCAAGGGACUGAACACACCUGCAGUAGAGAACCCACCAUUUGAUGCUAUCUUCAAUGAAACAUUCUCGAACGCUCUCAAGGGACUCAAAACACCAAAAGAGAAUCCUAACCCACUUGAGGCUAUCUUCAAUGAAACAUUAGCGAGUGCUCUCAAGGUACUCAAGACACCUGCCAUGGCUGCCGUGUUGUUGAGUUUGUUAUUGACGUUUAACUCGAACUCGUCGUGGGCCGCCUCGGGUGGUCGGGUCGGGGGAAGCUCGUUCUCCUCACGCUCUUCGUCAUCAUCCUCGUCAGGGUCGUCGUCUUAUUCUUCUUCAUCAUCGUCGUAUAGAUCUUCAAGUUCUUCACCUUCGUAUUCGGACACGUCUUCAAGUUCUUCACCUUCGUAUUCGUACACGUCUUCAAGUUCUUCACCUUCGUAUUCGUCAUAUUCAACGCCUUCAUCAUCGAGUUCUUCGUCUACUACCUCAAUGUCCGAGGCCGUAAUUUCGCUGUGCAUAAUCCUUCUGAUUUUGGUUCUGUUGGCUAUCUGUGUGUCCUCUGUGGGCGAGGGCGCGGGCGCGGGAGCUGGCCUGGCCGCAUAUUCUAGUGUUGCUGCGACCUUAAACGUUGUUAAGCUUCAGGUUGGUUUGUUGGGUACAGCUCGAGCACUCCAAAAAGAUCUUGAUCGUAUCGCCGAAACUGCUAAUACUUCUACCCGCAAGGGCUUAAGCUAUGUCUUGACAGAGGCAACUGUAGCUUUGCUUAGACAUCCUGAUUAUUGGAUCUCAAGUUAUUCAUCUGUUACUCCAAAUCAUAACAUGGAGGAUGCGGAGAAAUGCUUCAAUAAAAUUUCUAUUGAAGAGAGGGCUAAAUUUGAUGAAGAGACGCUUGUCAACGUGAACAACCAAAAAAGAAAAAGCUCGACAAGCAAGGCUGAUGAUGGAUUCCAAAACGAAUAUAUAGUGGUGACAUUAUUAGUUGCGAUUGAAGGGAGGCAUAAGUUGCCCACCAUCAAUGGCAGCGCUGACUUAAAGGAAGCAUUGAAAAGUCUCGGAUCCAUUCCUUCAAAGAAUAUACUGGCAGCAGAAGUGUUAUGGACUCCACAGGAAGAAAAUGACACACUGUCCGAGGAGGAACUAAUAGAAGAUUACCCACUUCUGAAGCGUUUAUAGGAGAGAAUAUGGUUUGCAAAUUUAAAAGUUGUGUUCAAG